UCACAUACCAGACGGAGGGGCGGAAACGGGCUCAUUGCACUGUGGUGAAGCUAGCGGUUUCUGCAUUUUGACAACAAAAAAAAUACUUAAUUUAUCACUGUGAAUUUGUUGUUUUAUUUCGAUCCGGGUGGAACUUUAAAAACAAAUAAUAAUAAUAAUAAAUUGUAAAAUCACCGGAACCUGCUGGUCCCCAGGUCUACCUGAUGAGUAUGAGCCUGACUACAGAACCCCCUAACGAUGGUCCCACUGUUACAGAAGCGGAGAGCAAAAUGACUUCACCUGAGAAGAAGGAGAAGAAGCCAGAUGACGUGCCGGAGGAAGAGGAGGAGGAGGAGGAAUACGUGGUGGAAAAGGUCCUGAAUCGGCGGGUGGUCAAAGGGAGAGUAGAGUAUCUCCUCAAGUGGAAAGGCUUCUCUGAGGAAGAUAACACGUGGGAGCCAGAAGACAACCUGGACUGUCCAGAUUUGAUUGCAGAGUUUCUGCAGUCCCAGAAAUCAGCACACGAUGGAAAGAGGAAGGCAGCCGGAGAGGCAGAAGGAGAUGAAAGUAAAACGAAGAAGAAAAAAGACGAUACAGAGAAGCUAAGGGGCUUUGCUCGAGGGCUGGAUCCAGAAAGGAUUAUUGGUGCCACUGACUCCACAGGAGAACUCAUGUUCCUCAUGAAAUGGAAAAACUCUGACGAAGCCGACUUGGUUCCCGCGAAGGAGGCCAACGUGAAGUGUCCGCAGGUGGUCAUCUCUUUCUACGAAGAGAGACUCACUUGGCACUCAUAUCCCACCGAAGACGAGAAAAAAGACGACAAAAACUAACACAGGGCGAAGGGGCGGGGGAACAGAAAGAAACUGUAGUUUUGAACUUCAUUGUACUUUCGACAGGGG